CCAUAAAGCCGCCCGCGGGGCCGCUGCCGCCCGUCCGCCGCCCGCCGCGCCGCCGCAGACCCGCCGCCAGCCCCGCCGGAGCCGCCGCCGCCAUGGCCAUCGAUGCGUUUUUAGGCAAAUGGUGCCUCGUCUCCAGCGAGGGCUUCGAGGAGUACAUGAAGGAGCUGGGUGUGGGUAUGGCCAUGAGAAAAAUGGGAAGCAUGGCCAAACCAGAUGUUUACAUUAUUAAGGAUGGAGAUACAAUCACUGUAAAAACAGAAAGCACCUUCAAAACUUCACAGUUCAGCUUCAAGCUUGGUGAGAAGUUUGAGGAAAGUACAUUAGAUGGCAGAAAAACUCAGACGCUUAUCAACCUAAAAGAUGAUGGGUCAUUGAUCCAGGAACAGGAGUGGGAUGGCAAGAAGACCAUAAUAACACGGAAACUUGUGGAUGGACAGUUGGUGGUGGAAUGUGACAUGAAUGGUGUCAAGUGUAUUAGAGUCUACCAGAAGGCGUGAGGACGUCUUCAUAUUCAGUAGGAACUUGCUACAAACAACUCAGUUCAGUGGACAGAGCUCCUUUACACUCCAUAAUUUCCUUUUCCCCGUUUUCUAGUAUUUCAAUGGACUGAGUAGCUGAGUGCAAUCCUUUUUAAAAGCCGUGAUGUAACUAUUAUGUAACUAUUCUGAACUUAUGAGGCUAUUAAAGAAAAUUUUCAAAUAUAUGAAGUGGAAAUGUUGUUACUAUAGUAGAAUUUUAAAGUGGGGUUUUAUAAAAACUCAGUUUGGUUUUAGGCUUUGCUACAAACUGUCUUCAGUUCAAGAUAAUGCAAAGUUUGAUAACAAACAGAUAAUAGCAAACUGAAUUUUAACCAGCCUUUUCAUCUUUAAUUGCUACGGUAUUAAAAUCUGAAAUAGAAAAAAGCAUUUCGAAUUCAGGCUAUACGGUUGUUUCUAUCUUGCAUGUUACAAAGUAAAUAGAAUUCGGUGGGUAUAAACAAGAGAGAAGCCUUGCUGGUGUUUAAAUAGAGGAAUGUAUUUUCAGGGGUUGGUUUCUUUUUUCACGUUUCAAACCCAUACAUUUCUUAUCUGAAGAAAUAUACAUACUGGUGAGCCAAUAGACAUGAUAAACUUAAGUAAACAUGUAAGUGCUUUGCUUCAAGGAAGCCUUAUUUUGAGAACACUUUGUUUCCCAGCAAAAUUCCUAUUUCCUGUCUAGUAUCAUUCUACAAACUCUUAAACAAAAUCUGCUGAAAUACUGCCUAAAACUUAAAGCCUCAUUUUAUUAUUAUUAUUUUUAACUGGCUUGAAACAUCUAGAAAUGGAGUUUAUAUGCUUUAAAGUGCCACAAUAAAUACUCAGAAAUAUCA